AUGCGUGCGACGACGACACCGGCGCUUGCCAUGUAUGUUGCUACAGUCGCAUCGCGGCUCUAUUGCCGUCCCGCGAGCGGCGACCACUGCGUCUUUGAGCAAGACGGCACGCUGCAACUUAACAGCUUUGUGGCUUCGAAUCUCCGCGUACAAGACCCGGUGACCAACGACGUCUUUGUCCGGCUCGACAACUGCACCGCCUGGCUGCCGCUACGCUGCUUGGGGUCGUAUACUGCGACUACGACCUGUACCAUCAUCAAGGUGUCGACGCCGACGAAUGUGUACCGCAACAUUCACACCUGGGCAAACAGCAACGCUUUGGCGACGUUGCCUAUCAAUCACCUCGACUCGACAACUUGCCACGUCAUCGCAAGUACCGGCAGCUUGUAUGCGCGAGUCUCGUACAACAAUCAUGUCGGCUGGUGCCGUCUCGAGCAAUCGGACGUCCUCUCGCAGUGUCCGCCGCGCCUGACCGAGCUGGCGGCUGGUCGUUCGAUCCCUGUUGCGAUACUCCAAGGCGACUACUACCUCCUCGUGCUCAACGAGGUCCAAGCAGGUGGGACGACCACGCAGCGCUUCAAGUACCGUAUUCCGCACACGAUGGCGCGCCAGAUCGACAACUGCAUCUCGAAAGGCCGGCACCAGUACCAAGCCUGA